AUGGCCGACAUGAUGAACCGCAUCAAGGCCUUGUUUGCCCCGAAGAAAGGGAAUGAGCAAGAAUACGAACCGCUUACAGAUGAGUCGGGCGCAUUGGACGAGUCGGGAUAUCUCCCGGGAAGGGAGGAGGUACCUUUCUCAUGGCUGGAAUACUCCAUUUUUGCGCUGAUCGGAGUUGCUAUGCUCUGGGCUUGGAACAUGUUUAUUGCCGCCGCGCCCUACUUCCAGAAACGGUUCAGUUCCCACGAAUGGAUCCUCGAGAACUCCCAGUCCGCGAUCCUCUCCGUCUCGACCGUGACCAACCUUACGGCGAUGCUUAUCCUGACCAACAUGCAGAGCUCCGCCUCGUACCCCUUCCGUAUAAAAGCGGGCCUGCUGAUCAACAUCGGGGUUUUCACGCUCCUGACGGCGACGACAAAGACCUUCCUCGACGUCUCCGCCCCGGCCUACCUCGGCUUCCUCCUGCUUCUCGUCGGCUGCUCCGCCUGGGGCACGGGUCUGAUGCAGAACGGCGCCUUCGCCUUCGCCGCCAGCUUCGGCCGCCCGGAGUACAUGCAGGCGAUCAUGGCCGGGCAGGGCGUCGCCGGCGUCCUGCCGCCCAUCGCGCAGAUGGCCUCGGUGCUGAUCGCCCCGCCGCCGCCGCCGGCGGGGGGGUCGGAUCCCACCGACGCCGGCCCUCCCCCGCUCCGGGAGGUCGGCACCGCGGCGUUCAUCUACUUCCUCACGGCCGUGGCCGUCUCGCUGGCGGCGCUGGCGGCGUUUGUGCCGCUCGUGCGCCGCCAGCGCCGGCGCGAGCUCGGGAACCUCGCUGCGGCGGCGGGAUUGGCCGGGGCCGAGGAGACGGCCGAACCCCCCGCCCGCCACUUCGUCAGCAUCCCGACGCUGCUGCGCAAGCUGCACUGGCCCGCUGCGGCCGUGUUCAUGUGCUUCGCGGUGGCCAUGUUCUUCCCCGUGUUCACGAGCAAGAUCGUGUCGGUGCGGGACGACGGCAGCGGCGGGAGGCUGUUCAGCCCGGACGUGUUCAUCCCGCUCGGCUUCUUCGUGUGGAACCUCGGCGACCUGGCCGGGCGGGUGUCGACGAUGCUACCGUUCUCGCUGCGGCACCGCCCCGCCGCGCUGUUCGCCAUCGCCGUCGCCAGGCUGCUGUUCCUGCCGCUGUACGCGCUGUGCAACGUCCGCGGCCGCGGGGCCGCCGUGCCGAGCGACGCGUUUUAUCUGUUGGCCGUGCAGUUCCCCUUCGGCCUCACAAACGGCUGGCUUGGGUCCAGCUCCAUGAUGGCGGCCGGGGAGUGGGUCGACGAAGGCGAGAGGGAGGCUGCGGGCGGGUUCAUGGGCCUCUGCCUCGUGGCGGGCUUGACGGUUGGUAGUCUGUUGAGCUUUAGUGCUGCGGGGAUUUAGAUACGGGGCGGUUACCCCUGUGUUGUCUAUAUUCAUAUCUACGUGCG